AUGUGGCAUGAAUUAGUAAAGUCCAUCACAAUAACAAAUGAACUGUUAUUCAAAAUUGGUUUAAUGUUACGAAUCUUACCGACAACUUUAAUAUCUGUUUUUCAACAAAUAUGGUUAAAUGAUAAUGAAUCGAAUGUAUUAUCUUUGCACUUGACACUUGAACAACGUACACUACUUGGUGGAAUCAUGGUUAAUUGGAUUGUAGAGCAACAAAUCGAAAGAGCUUUAAAUUUUGCCAAUCAAGAAAAGUGGGAAGAUUUUGAAAAAGAAAUAUUAAAUGUACUUCAUACCAAUUGGACACCAUCAGAACAUGUUCCAUGGUUAAUAUUAGAACUUGAAAUGAAUAUUACAAUUCGAGAAACACAAGUUCAAGUAGCAAGUCAUAUGAUAAAACCAAUGUUGAAUGAAAACAAUGCUUCAGUACGAAAUAUUGUUAUGCAAAUGAAUAUGGGCGAAGGCAAAACUUCAGUUAUUUUACCAAUGUUAGCACUAAGCUUAUGUCCAUCAUCUUCGAGUUUAGUUCGUAUCAUUGUAUUGAAAGCAUUAUUUCCAAUGAAUUAUCAAUCAUUACGAUAUAAAUUAGGCGGUCUAUUAAAUCGACGUGUAAUGCCAUUUGCUUGUCGUCGUGAUAUGAAUUUUAGUCAUGUACAAGUGAAUAAAAUUUUCAAUCGUCUCAAACAAGGAUUACAUAAUCUGGAUGUCGUACUAACAUCACCCGAAGAUAUUCUAUCUUUUGAUUUACUUACAAUAGACAAAUGUCGACGACAAGAAUUUGAUACUGGUCGUUCAAUGUUGUCGAUUCAAAGUUGGAUGAAAACAUUUGUUCGUGACGUUUUAGAUGAAUCUGAUGAAAUUUUACAUGUUAAAUAUCAAUUAAUCUAUUCGAUCGGUCGUCAACAACAAGUCGAUGGAGGUGUAGAACAUUGGAAGACCAUUCAAUAUGUACUGAAUUUAGUCAAACAACAUGCUGCAAAUAUUGCACAGUAA